UUUGUUUCAACGGGAAUAACAUGUUCUUACUGAGAAAAUAUAUUUCUAAACAUUUCUAAACCAACAAGGAUUUUUAAAAUUAUUUUAUGUGGAACAUUUAGUCUACAGUAAUACAGUACAUGAUGAUACAAGUAGAUCUUAUUUCGCAUAUAGUUCUACUUGUUAUUAUUACAGGUAUAUCGGGUGAAUAUUGUCCAGCCACAUAUGAUUCAUUCUUUAAAAGACACGAAGGUGGGUUUAGUUGUCCAUGCGGAGAUAGAUUCAGUGGCGGCAUUUUUGGAUGUGACAAUUCUAAAUCAUAUUGUUGUGAGUUUGCUGGGGGAGAUACUUAUCAUUGCUGCAGUUUUGGCGAUAAAUAUGGUGCAAAGCUGUCUGGAGGGAUUGUAGGGGGCAUAGCUAUUCUAAUUGUCAUUAUAAUAAUAGCUUGUUGCUGCUGCAGGAAACGUGGUGUUGGUUUUUAUAAGCAAAGUACAACAACUACAACAACAUACAGUCAUGUAGGAGGUACUGUUGUUCCUCCCCCUGGACCAAUAGGACCCCCCGCAGGAUAUGGACCCCCGCCUCCAGGAGGGGCUUACCCCAUGGGGGUUGUCCCACCUCCUCAAUCAACACAUGGGUCAUACAACCAGCAAGGCAUGCCAAGUAUGGGUCCUUCGAGUACACCUCAGUAUCCUAGCUAUCAGAUGUCUAGGGCCCCUAUGGAUCAAGUCCCACCUCAACAGCAACACCCACAAUGGAGUUCUCAGGCUCCACCUCAACAGCAAGCCCCACAAGGGGGCGCUCACCCAACUGCCCCACCUACAGGUGAGAGCUUGCCCCCUCCAUCCUAUGACCAGGUCACAUCUGGAGAAAAGCAUCCGAUGUAGUAGUUCAAGUAAAGACUUGAUUAGCUGCACAAACCUGGAAUAAUACAAUAAAGAUAAACACUUUCUUAUACAAACCUAUGAAUCUCAUAGAGGCGGAUCAUUUAUCUUGACUGGAUAGAGGCUUUAUUCAGAAAUUACCAUUGUCUAGAAUUAGACUUUUGUAACCAAAUGCAAUAAGUGAGCAAGUGGUGUCAUUUUGUCAUGUUAAUGUAUGGGGUAUAGAUUUUAUUUUUCUUUAGAAAUUGUAAUGCUUGUAGUAAAAACAGAUGUAUUCAUACAGUACAACACUAAAGCGAGUAGAAGGGAUAGAGUGUAAAAUGUUGAAUGUAAUCUUUUAUUUAUUUUCUAAAAAAAACAGAUUAAAAGAGGAUGUAAUCUUUUAAAAAGCAUGCCAAUGCUU